GCUCGUCCCGCUCUGCGUCGACUGCGCUCAUCAGAGUGCCACCACACACCCACAGAGCUACACAAGCCACCGCCAUGGUCCUCCAGUCCGACUCGCGCUUCGCGCACCUCGACCGCGUCCUGUCGCAUCCCGGCCCGUUCGUCGACCCAGACGAGUUCCCGGGCGCAGAACAGGCCAAGCACUUCCUCCACACCCAGUGCAAGGUCCUCGUCAUCGGCGCCGGCGGCCUCGGGUGCGAGAUUCUCGCCAACCUCGCCUUGAUGGGCUUUGCCGACAUCCACGUCAUCGACAUGGACACGAUCGACAUCUCCAACCUCAACCGCCAGUUCCUCUUCCGGCCCGAGCACGUCGGCAAGUCAAAGGCCCUAUGCGCGGCCGACUUUGUCAUGAAGCGCGUCCCGGGCUGCAAGGUGACCCCGUACCACGGCAAGAUCCAGGACAAGGACGACGACUACUACCUCCAGUUCAACCUCGUCAUCUGCGGCCUCGACUCGGUCGACGCCCGCCGGUGGAUCAGCGCGACCCUCGUCAACCUCGUCGACGGCGACAACCCCGACAGCCUCAAGCCCCUCAUCGACGGCGGCACCGAGGGCUUCAAGGGCCAGGCGCGCGUCAUGUUGCCCACCAUCACGAGCUGCUACGAGUGCAGCCUCGACAUGCUCACCCCGCCGACCGCCUUCCCCAUCUGCACCAUCGCCAACACGCCCCGCCUCCCCGAGCACUGCAUCGAGUGGGCCAGCAUCCUCGAGUGGCCAAAGGUCUUCAAGGACAAGAAGCUCGACAACGACGACCCGGAGCACAUCCAGUGGCUGUACGACGUCGCCCGUGCCCGCGCCGACGAGCACAACAUCCCGGGCGUCACGUGGAGCCUGACGCAGGGCGUCGUCAAGCGCAUCAUCCCCGCCAUCGCGAGCACCAACGCCAUCGUCGCCGCCGCGUGCUGCAACGAGGCGUUCAAGAUUGCGACGAGCUCCAACCCGUACCUCAACAACUACAUGAUGUACACGGGCAACGAGUCGAUCUACACGUACACGUUCGAGCACCAGAAGAAGCCCGAGUGCCCCGUGUGCGGCGGCGAAAAGGUCGUCGUCGAGCUCGACCGCGACACGAGCCUCCAGGACCUGAUCGACUUGCUCCUCGAGCGCCAGGACAUGCAGAUCCGCCGUCCCUCGCUCCGCACGGCGACAAAGUCGCUGUACCUCCAAGCCCCGCCGCAGCUCGAGCAGGCGACGCGCCCCAACCUCGCCCUCACGCUCGGCGAGCUCCUCGCGACCGACGGCGACGCCGGCGCGGCGGCGGCGACCGACGGCGGCGAGGUGACGGUCACGGACGCGAGCAUGCCGUUCUCGCUCGGGCUCAGGGUCGUGUUCAAGUGAGCGAGGGCGCGGUCGUCCUCUCUCUCUCUCUCUCUUUCUCUCGCGGCGAGGUGACGUGCCCAGUCCUGGUGACUGUCGUCGUCGUCGUCGCCGCCGCUCGGUCCCCUUUCUCCAUCCUCGUGUACUGUAGAUAGCUCUCUCCCUCGUCCUCGUUCCGUCCCUCGCACUCUGCAACUCGGGGCACGUCUCGCUUUCCGUUCUUUC